AUGGGAAGGCAUCAGAAGCAACCAAACGAUUGCUCCUGCUCACACAGGGAGCUGUUUGGAGCUCCAGAAAAUGUGGAAAAAUCGUCCACAUCUUCAGAUUCAUCUCGUGUCACCCAUGCGACAUCCAGCUUGCAAUAUUGCAGCAAGCCGGUUCACUCCCAAGUCUAUUUGACUGGGAGUUACACAAAACCAUCAAACGAUCACUCCCACUGGCACAGGGAGCCGUUUUUGAUUCCAAAAAAUGUGGGAAAAUCUUCCACAUCUCCAGCAUCGUCUUGCAUUAACCGCGAGACGUCCAGAUUGCAAUAUAGCAGCAAUCUGGUUCACUCCCCAGUCUAUAUGACUGGGAGUUGUCAUGAACAACCAAAUGACCAUUCCUGCCUGCGCAGGGAGCCGUUUGGAGUUCCAAAAAAUGUGGAAAAAUCGUCCACAUCUACGGAAUCGUCUCGCGUCUGCCGCGAAACGUCCAGCUUGCGAUAUAGCAGCAAGCCGGCUCACUCCCCAGUCUAUGCGACUGGUAGUUGUACAAAUCGAUCAAACAACAGCUCCUGCCAGCACAGGGAGCCGUUAGUGGUCGCAAAAAAUGUGGAAAAAACUUCCACACUGUCUACAUCGUCUCACAUUAACUGUGAGACGUCCAGCUCGCAAAAUCGCAGCAUGCUGGUUCAAUCCCCAGUCCAUGUGACUGGGAAUUGUGCAAAACAAUCAAACAACAACUCCUGCUCGCGCAGGGAGCCGUUUUUGAUUGCAAAAAAUGUGGAAAAAAUCUCCACAUCGUCGUUACCGUCUCGCAGCCAUAGUGAGACGUCCAGCUCGGCGCCUAGGCGCGAGCCGGUUCAAACCCCAGUCUACAAGACUGGGAAUCAUCCAAAACACUCAUGGAAUGACCCCCGCUUGCACAGGGAGCCAGUCCUGAGUGAAAGAAAUGUGGAAAAAGUCUCCACAUUGCGGUCAUCGUCUCACAACUGCAGUGAGACUAGCGCUUCAUCCAGGAAUGAGCGCAUCCACUCUAACAUGGACAAAGAGUCCAUGUCACCCAAAUCGACACAUAAACCCGCAUCCAUUUCGCCUCUAUCCAAGGCACUUCUGGACUUUGUCCAGUUCCCACCUGAAUGGAGGGUGGGGAGUACAGAACGGAUAAUCGCCAGACUAGAAGUCUGGGAAUCGAUAAGGAAGACCAAGGCACACAGUCAGUGCCUUGGGAACCCCAGAUCUGGGGGACAACCAUCGUCGCAUGGACUUAACAUGCACGAUAUUUCUUAUCCUUCUUUGGAUAUGCGGGAGCAGAGGGGAUUCUCCCAGAAUAUGGUGGAACGGCACCACAUCGGGCCACAGGAUGACCACCCGCACUCAGGGCCAGGUUCAUCAGGUGGUGGGAGGUGGUCUAGCCAAUUACCCUUUGGGAAGUCACCCAUUGCCGAAGCAAUGCCAACACCGGUUUUUCCUCUGGAAAAACCUCAUGGUCUAUCCAUGAGAUACAGAGAUCACACUCUCUGUAACCUACUCUUGGGGAAAAAUCCCCGAAAAUUUUCAACUUUUUCCCUUUCAUCAUCUGAAAGGGAUACCACUAUACCGUCUACUCACUAUGGGGAAACCCAUAGUGAUCCACCUGUCCAGCCAACAGAUAAACCACCCCCAAGGGAGGUUAAAUACAUCAUCUGA